UGUCCCGGUAGGGCGUUCCCUGCAUCCCAGGCUUGCUGACCCCAGCGCUCCCUGGCGCGGUGGCCCCGUGGUUCCCAGGCCGCGUCCCGCCGCGCACCAUGGCGCACCUCCUGGGCCACCGCGGCUGCAUGGAGAGCCUGCGGGCCGACCUGCGGGACCUGCAGGCCGCCAUCGCCGACGUGUGCUCCCGGGCCGGCGCCGUGCGCUUCCCCUCCUGGAAGUUCCCCGACAAGGUGUCCUGCGAGCUGGACGUGCCGCUGCUGCUGCAGCGCUACAGGCACAGAGACAGCGAGCCCGAGUUCAGCCAGCACGCACACGUGGUGCUGCUGGAGCUGCUCAUAGACAGGUGA